AUGACUGGAACCGCCUUUGAAACUUUCGAUGCUCAAAAGCUUGAAAUCCAAACCAACAAGCAAUUAAAGCCUUUGAUCCCUGAAAGUGAAUUGGUCUUUGGUAAGCACUUCACCGACCAUAUGAUCUCCAUUGAAUGGACAGCUCAAAAUGGAUGGGCCGCUCCUAGUAUCAAGCCUUAUGGCAAGCUUGAAUUAGAUCCCAGUGCUAUAUGUCUUCAUUACGGUUUCCAGUGCUUCGAAGGUAUGAAGGCCUAUAAGGAUGCUGAAGGUCAUGUCAGACUUUUCCGUCCUGAUAUGAACAUGGCUCGUCUGAACAAGUCUUCUGCUCGUUUGGGUAUGCCUACAUUUGACCCUGAGGAACUGAUCAAGGUUAUUACUGAAUUCCUUCGCAUUGAAGAGCGUUGGAUUCCUUCCAAGCGUGGCUAUUCUCUCUAUCUUCGUCCUACUAUCAUCGGUACUCAAGAUGCUCUUGGUGUUCGUGCUCCUGAUAGAGCUCUUUUGUUUGUCAUUGCUAGUCCAGUCGGUCCUUAUUUCUCCACUGGUUUCAAGGCUGUCAGUUUGUUGGCAGACACAGAGCAUGUUCGUGCCUGGCCCAAGGGUACAGGUGAUUACAAGGUUGGCGGUAACUAUGCCCCUUGCGUCUUGCCUCAAUCGAUCGCUGCUAGCAAGGGCUAUCAGCAGAACUUGUGGCUCUUUGGUGAGGAACAUUAUGUCACAGAAGUGGGCACGAUGAACUUUUUCAUGCUGUGGUCAAACAGUGAAACGGGCCGUCGUGAGUUGAUUACUCCUGCUCUUAACGGUUUGAUCUUGCCUGGUGUCACUCGUAAUACUGUCAUCGACCUUGUCAAGAGCUGGGAGGCAGAGACUGGUAUUGCUGUUCGUGAGGGCACAGUUACUAUGCCCGAGAUUGUUCAAGCCGUCGAAGAGAACCGUGUUAUUGAAAUGUUUGGUGCUGGUACAGCCUGUAUUGUCAGCCCUAUUAAGCGUAUUGGUUACAAGGGCGAAGACAUCCUUAUUCCAACUGAUCCCAAUGGCGAGUCAGAAGCUGGACCUCUCACUCAAAAGAUUAAUGAAGCUAUCAUGGAUAUCCAAUACGGCGUCGUCGAGCAUCCUUUCUCUCUUAGAAUCUUUUAA